AUGAAGCUCACUAUUGUCGCCCUUACUGGCUUGAUCGCUCUGGUUGCCUCGCAGGACCCCACUCCGACACCCCAGCAGUUAUGCGCAAACAAGUGUGAUCCUUCCGAUGUAUGCUGCAAUGCUGCAUGCUACGAGGUCCCAUGCCCUAACAACCUCAUGGCAGACGAGACCACCAAUUGCGCAGCUGCCUGUCCUCAGGGAAAUGGUACCGCCGAAGAAACCGCGAAGUAUGCCGAUUGUCAGCAGGCCUGCUUCAGAUCUCUAUUCUUCACCGCAAGUUCCAUGACUAAGCCCACUGCCUCUGGUUCUCAGUUCGUUGGUGCUGUAUCUGCUACGGCCACCGAUGCCAGUCAUACUGGCACUGGAACCGCUGAAUCUAGUUCGAAAGCUGCUCAGCAAACCAGUUCGUCUCGGAGCUCUGGUAGCUCUGCUACUUCCAAUGGCAAUGUCCCCGCUGAAACCGGCGCCGCAAGUCAGAUUGGAGUCCAGUUUGGUGUUGCGGGUGUUCUCGGCGCCGUGAUGGCCGCUUUCUUUCUAUAG